UAUAAGGGGUCCUAGACGCCGUGUCCGAGCAUCACUCGCUCUUCAGCACGCUCCGCCGAAGUACGAAGCAGCAAAUCCAGCCAACCAUGUGCAAGCUCGUCAUUCUCUUCGCUCUGCUGGCCUGCGUCACGGCGACACCCGCGCCCGGCUACCUGGCGGCGCCGGUCGUCGCGGCGGCGCCAGCGGUCGCGGUUGCCCACACCGUCCCGGUCGCCACCAGCUACGCCAACACCUACAAGGUGUCCGUGAAGAGCCCGCUCGUGGCCACCGCCCCGAUCGCCUACACCGCACCGAUCCUGAAGACCGCCCCGGUCGUCGCCGCCGCCCCGGUCGUCGCUCCCGCUCACGCCGUCGUCGCCCAUGCCGCACCGGUCGCCUAUGCCGCUCACGCUCCCGUCGUCGCUCUUCACUAAGGGAAAAUCGUUCACUAGCCACCAUCCACUCUUCAUCUCUCGAAACGACCAACAACACAAGGAAGAUGUCCUUCGUCCUACACCCCGGAUGCGUGACGAUUUAUCGGAACGACCGGACCAUCGACCAACCUGGAUGCCGAAAACUUCGACUAAACUUGUACCAGCCGACCUACACGGUCGAACGAUCGAUCGCUUCGAUUAAUCAAUAAAGUUGCCAUUUCUGCCUUUAUAUAUAAA